CGGCCGAUACCAGCGGAGGACAAGAUUUUCGAACAAGAAAAAUAAACACGCAAGAUUUUAUUAUUUCCCUUCUUUUUUUUUUUUUACGGUGGAACUUUUUUUAUUUGAAAUAACUCACCCUAAAAUUCACUCUUGAGGAUUAUUGCUGGAUUUCUAAAUAAUUUGCAGGAUUUUAUCACGUCUGCUCUGCUGAUUUCGUGAAGCAGGCAGCAGGUUGGUGCCUCACCAUGAAGCUGACAGGACUGUUUCUGCUGUUGAUGCUUUGGAGCUGCGAGAGCGCGCGAGUCGCAGAGAGUCGAGACGACAAUAGCGUGUUUGACUUGUUCGAUCUCGUCCAAGUCCCGAAGAACAAGCACGCGGUCACCCUGGUAAAGGGAGACGACCCGUACAGCCCCGCCUACAAGAUCCUCAACCCGGACCUGAUCCCCCCGGUCUCCGAGAGCCACUUUCGGGACCUGAUCGAUUCCAUCCACGCCGAGAGGGGAUUCCUCCUGCUGCUCAACCUCAAGCAGUUCAAGCACACCCGGGGCAGCCUCCUGACCGUGGAGAAGCGGGACGGAUCCGGACCCGUGUUCGAGAUCGUCUCCAACGGCAAGGCGAACACCUUGGACAUAGUCUUCUCCACCGAGAACAAGCAGCAGGUGGUUUCCAUUGAAGAUGUGGACCUGGCUACGGGCCGAUGGAAGAACAUCACGCUGUUCGUGCAGGAGGACCGUGCGCAGCUGUACGCGGGGUGCGAGGAGGUGAACACCGCCGAGCUGGACGCGCCCAUCCAGAGCAUCCUGACGCUGGAGACCCCGGCCACCGCGCAGCUCAGGAUCGGCAAGGGAGCCGUGAGGGACAGGUUCAUGGGGGUCCUUCAAAACGUGAGGUUUGUGUUUGGAGCAUCGCUGGAAGCCGUCCUCCGCAACAAAGGAUGCCAAAGCUCCUUGACGACUGACUCUAUGAUCCUGGAGAACCUCAAUGGCUCUUCAGCCAUCAGAACAGAGUACACUGGACACAAGACUAAAGACCUGCAGAUGGUCUGUGGCUUCUCCUGCGAUGACCUGGUCAGUAUGUUUAAGGAGCUGAAGGGCCUCGGUGUGGUGGUCAAGGAGCUGUCCAAUGAACUCCGCCAGCUGACGGAUGAGAACAAGCUGAUCAAGACCCACAUUGGCAUUCACAGUGGCGUCUGCCUCCACAACGGCAUCGUGCACAAGAACAGAGACGAGUGGACCGUCGACGACUGCACCGAGUGCACUUGUCAGAAGUCUGCUACCGUGUGCCGCAAGAUCUCCUGCCCCCUGAUCCCCUGUGCUAAUGCUACUGUUCCCGAUGGAGAGUGCUGCCCACGCUGUGGAACACUGAGCGACUAUGCAGAAGACGGCUGGUCGCUGUGGUCUGAAUGGACCCAUUGUUCCGUGACGUGUGGGCGGGGCAUCCAGCAGCGCGGGCGCUCUUGCGACCGUAUCAAUAACAACUGCGAGGGUACCUCUGUGCAGACCCGCGACUGCUACCUCCAGGAGUGUGACAAGCGAUUCAAGCAGGACGGCAGCUGGAGCCAUUGGUCACCCUGGUCAUCCUGCUCCGUCACUUGUGGUGCUGGAGUCAGAACCUGCAUCCGCCUCUGCAACUCCCCCACCCCUCAGCUUGGAGGAAAGGACUGUGAGGGAGAGGGCCGGCAAACCGAGAAGUGUCAGAAAUCUCCGUGCCCCAUCAAUGGCAACUGGGGACCCUGGUCACCAUGGGAUACCUGUACUCUUACCUGUGGAGGUGGUGUCCAAACUCGUAAACGUCUGUGCAAUGACCCUGCACCAAAUUACGGUGGCAAAGAGUGUGUCGGUAAUGCCAAGGACAACCAGUUGUGCAACAAGAAAGCCUGUCCAAUUGAUGGGUGCCUGUCUAACCCCUGCUUUGCGGGAGCCAAGUGCACCAGUUUCCCUGAUGGUUCCUGGAAGUGUGGAAAGUGUCCAGCUGGCUACACUGGCAAUGGUAUCAAGUGUAAAGAUGUAGAUGAGUGCAAGGAGGUCCCAGAUGCUUGCUUUGAGUUAAAUGGUGUGCACCGCUGUGAGAACACCGAUCCUGGCUACAACUGUCUGCCAUGCCCUUCUCGCUACUCAGGACCCCAACCGUUUGGCAGAGGUGUGGAGCAGGCUACUGCUAAGAAACAGGUGUGCACGCCUCGUAAUCCCUGCCUCGAUGGAAGCCAUGACUGCAACAAAAACGCCCGCUGCAACUACCUCGGACAAUUUGCCGAUCCCAUGUACCGCUGCGAGUGCAGGCCAGGCUAUGCUGGCAACGGCCAUAUCUGUGGAGAAGACACAGAUCUGGAUGGAUGGCCCAACGCUGACUUGGUGUGUGUGGAGAACGCCACCUACCACUGCAAAAAGGACAACUGUCCCAACCUUCCCAACUCUGGGCAGGAAGAUUACGAUAAGGACGGCAUUGGAGAUGCUUGUGACAAUGAUGAUGACAAUGAUGGCAUUCCUGAUGAUAGGGACAACUGUCCAUUCGUGUACAACCCCAGGCAGUAUGACUACGACCGCGAUGACGUGGGCGACCGCUGUGAUAACUGCCCCUACAAUAGUAACCCAGACCAAACAGACACAGACAAUAAUGGAGAGGGAGAUGCCUGCGCUGUGGACAUUGAUGGAGAUGGCAUACUGAAUGAAAAGGACAACUGCCCCUAUGUGUACAAUGUCGACCAGAAAGACACAGAUCUGGACGGAGUGGGUGACAUGUGUGAUAACUGCCCGCUGGAACAUAAUCCUGAUCAGGUGGAUUCAGAUGACGACCGCGUGGGAGACAAGUGCGACAGUAACCAGGACAUCGAUGAAGAUGGACACCAGAACAACCUGGACAACUGCCCGUACAUCCCUAAUUCCAACCAGGCUGACCAUGACAAGGAUGGCAAGGGAGACGCCUGUGACCACGACGACGACAAUGACGGCAUCCCCGACGAAAAGGACAACUGCAGACUGGCCUUCAACCCUGACCAGCUGGACUCUGAUGGUGAUGGCCGGGGAGAUGCUUGUAAAGACGACUUUGACCAAGACAACGUGCCUGACAUCUACGACGUGUGCCCAGAGAACUUCGACAUUAGUGAGACAGACUUCCGCAAGUUCCAGAUGGUUCCUCUCGACCCUAAAGGCACCUCGCAGAUUGAUCCUAACUGGGUCGUCCGCCAUCAGGGCAAAGAGCUGGUACAGACUGUCAACUGCGACCCUGGCAUCGCUGUUGGUUACCACGAGUUCAAUUCAGUGGACUUCAGUGGGACUUUCUUCAUCAACACAGAAAGGGACGAUGAUUACGCAGGCUUUGUGUUCGGCUAUCAGUCCAGCUCCAGGUUCUAUGUGGUGAUGUGGAAGCAGAUAACUCAGACAUACUGGUCGAAUAAACCCACCAAGGCCCAGGGCUACUCAGGCCUGUCCAUUAAAGUGGUUAACUCCACCACUGGCCCAGGAGAGCACCUCAGGAAUGCCCUCUGGCACACAGGAAAUACCCCAGGACAGGUCCGCACUCUCUGGCAUGACCCUAAGAACGUUGGAUGGAAAGACUUCACCGCCUACAGAUGGCAUCUGAUCCACAGACCGAGAACUGGACUCAUUAGAGUUGUGAUGUACGAGGGCAAGAAGAUCAUGGCAGAUUCUGGUAGCAUCUAUGACAAGACAUAUGCCGGCGGCAGGCUAGGUCUUUUUGUCUUCUCACAAGAGAUGGUAUACUUCUCAGACCUCAAGUAUGAAUGCAGAGAUGUUUAAAUGCACGGCGCAGGAAGCUCUGAGGAAUGCACCUUUUUUUGUACAAAGUAUGAACUUAUGUAUUCUGAUGCAAAGUCCAGGGACCGAUUUAUCUCCGCAAACUCUUUUUCCUGUGACACGCACACUUGGAUGAGGCCAAGGGGCAUGUGGUCAGCCUCAGGGUCACUUGAAGCUGGUUCGGGUAGAGCACCAACCGGUUGACUGCCAGUUGAGGAUCAGAGAGCCCCUUCCUCCUCCACCCUUAAAAUCUACGAGAGCAGGGAGAGCUGGGGAAGAAAAAAAGAAAACAAGCCCUCUAGCUUUGCCAGUAGGACACAAACACCUUUCUAUUCCAGCCCUGCCUGCUUUCUCGCUCUCUGAAAGACCUCAUUCAUCUCUGUGCGGGAAUGGCUCCCCAUAGACAACUAUGCACUUCCAAGCCUUUACAUCUCUCUCUCUCUCUUUUUCUGUCUCACCUCUUCAGCCUGUGUGCCUUUCUACCUUACCUUCUGGAUGGACAUCCCAAAGAAAAAAAAAAAAAAAAAAAAAAAAAAAAAAAACUGAUGAUAUAUUCCUUUUGCUUUACCAGAUCUGCCUGGUUGUAGAUUCUGAAUGACAGAACUUUUGAGGACUCAGAGGAUGAAUACAGCAAAAACAUUUUUUAGGUCUCUUGGUUAUUGAGGACUAAAGGAAACUGUUGUGAGUAGAGUGAGUUAGAAAUAAUGGGAACAUGAUGGUGUGGAUGUUUGUGGUCAUGCAUGUACUGUAUGUGAAAGACUGGAACAAGAAAGUGCUUUACUCAUCUCCCUAAGAAUCUCUGCAGAGGAGCGAAAUACAAACAAUUAAAUUGAGGUUAGCUAUCUUUUGAACUUACAAGUAUCAUGGGCUAUGUGGAUGCUGGUGUCUUGUUGACCAAGCAACUCUCAGGGUGAGAUGGAAGUGAUGAGCUUCCCAUAUGAAGCCAGUAAGAAAAGGUAUAUGAGGAUUAAGUUUUACAGAAAAUUGCUAAAGCCAGUGUUCCCUCCAAAAUACUCCCCAUCUUACAUCAAAACCUUGGUCAUUGAAGAGAUGUAUCUCCCUCAAUUUCAGAGGGGUUUCAAUUUGAAAUUAUGUAAAUACACGUAAUUGAUUGACUCUCGCCUACAAUGUAGGCAGCGAAAUAAAUUUGAAUGAUUUGAAAAAGUGAGAAAAAAAUUCAUACAACAUUGCAGUGAAAACUGAUCCAAAAUCAGGUACAGUGAGUGUCUAUUAUCUCCCCCAAAACAAAGUGAAUUAGGCUUUCUUCAGAUAGGGCUUUUGAGCAUGAAGUGUAUGUGACUUUUGUGCCUUUUCUUCAGAGAGAGAUGAAAAACAAAGGAAAUCUUUGAUGUACAAAUAUUACCUCAUAGCUGUUGUAUAAUUUGAUCAAACAAAAACACAACCGAGUACUUUAUCAAAUUCCUUUAAGAAGAUGGACAUCUUAGUGCCACUGUAGCAUGACCUGUAAAUAGUAUGACACUUCAUAUCUAAAAACACAACAAGCUCCCAAUCCCGUGAUCUACCCCAGAGAAGAGAACAGUAAAAUGGGAGAUUUCUUUUUUUAUAUAAAUAAAUUUGCUCUAUCAUGUAUGUCCAGUGCUGUUUUUAGCAGAUAAAUUAUUGUCUUAGCUGUUUGUGAGAGGUUGAUUUGUGUGUGUGUGUGUGUGUGUGUGUGUGUGUGUGUGUGUGUGUGUGUGUGUGUGUGUGUGUGUGUGUGUGUGUGUGUGUGUGUGUGUGUGUGUGUGUGUGUGUGUGUGUGUGUGUGUGUGUGUGUGUGUGUGUGUGUGUGUGUGUGUAGAUAAAUGCUAUUUAAAUAAUUUAUCAGGAUUUGUUGGCUUCCCAAAGGCCACGCGUCCAUCUGUAUAAACGGUUUGCACACUGACGUGAGGAUGUUCUGUUCUUUAUCGUUUUUACCUUCUUUGUUAUUGUGUAUCUAUGUUACCAUUAUUUUUGUACAAUUAGUUUUGCUUGUCUGUAAACAUUUUUCUUAGUUGUACAAAGCAAAAAUGCUGUUUUUAUUCAUAGCGAUUAUUUUGUUACAUACUUCAAGACAAUAAAUAGUUCUUAAAAU